AUGGAAUUUGAAAAAGGUAACUGUUCCCAAUUUGAAGACUUGUCCUUCUGUUCUAACAAUCAGUAUCUUGUCACCCGUUUAGGACUUUACAUAUUCUUUACAUGUUCCAUAACUAUUACGGUCUUUGGAAGCCUUGAUAUUAUUAUUACUAUUGCCCAUUUUAGACAGCUUCAUUCAGCAACAAACCUUCUUAUUCUUUCCUUGUCAUCAACUGAUAUGUGUAUUGGAAUAUUUAUAAUGCCAUACAGCAUGGUAAGAACUGUGGAAAACUGCUGGUAUUUCGGAAACCUAUACUGUAAGAUACAUUAUGGUUUUGACUUGACUUUAAGUGUCAUCUCUAUCUUUCACCUCUGUAUAAUUGCAGUUGACAGGUUAUAUGCGGUGUGUAAACCACUCUAUUAUCCUGUAAAGAUUACCCUGCCUGUCAUUAAAAGGUUGGUCUUAUUUUGCUGGACAGCUCCUAUGAUAUUUUCAUUGGGAGUGGUUAUAUCAAACUCUCAUGUGUCUGGCAUUGAGGGAUAUGAUCUUCUAGUCCAAUGUUUUAAUGUGUGUCCUAUCACAUUUAACAAAUUAUGGACAGUAGUUAUUUUCUUUACGUGUUUUUUUUCUCCAGCAGCUCUAAUGGUUGUAAUCUAUGUGAAGAUAUUUCUGGUUUCUCAAAAACAUGCUAAGUUUAUAAAGAAUGCAGCUAUGGAUUCAAACACAUCACAAACAGUUUCCAAGAGGAAAGAGCAUAAGGCAGCUAGAAAACUAGCCAUUUUGAUGGGUGUCUUCCUUAGCUGUUGGGUGCCAAUUUUUGUCAUUUUAUUAAUUCAUCCAUUUAUAAACUUUUCUUCACCAAAAGUCAUUUUUGAAGUAUUUAACUGGUUCAGCUAUAUAAACUCAACAUGUAAUCCUAUUCUUUAUGGCUUUCUCUAUCCAUGGUUUAGAAACGGUCUCAAACAUAUAAUCUCUUGUAGAAUUUGUUAUUCUGGUUAA